GCAGCUCGGGCUCCAGCAGCUCGCGCUCCAGGCCAGGCUCCGGCUGCAACAGCAACAGCAAGAGCAAGAGCAGCUUCCUCCGUCAGGGCGGGCAGCUUCUUUGCAGCAUCUGCAGCUGGGGCUGCGGCAGCUUCUUUCCCAGGCUCCGGCUGAGGCGGGGCAGAGGUGUGUGUAAACAGCGCCCUACAGGACAGCGGUGCAGAGCCGCGCGGCUACCAGCGCCCGCUGGCACCAUGGACACCUCCUGCCCGGCCAGCGCGCUGCUCCUGCUCUGCUUCCUCGGGCUGCCUGGGGCUAGCAGCGGGGGCUUGGCGAGCCCCGCCGGGAGGUGGCAGAGGGGGUGCCCGACCCUGUGCCAGUGUGAGCAGGACGGGAUGCUCCUCAGGGCGGACUGCUCCGACCGGGGGCUCACAGCGGUGCCCACCAACCUCAGCCUCUUCACCUCCUACCUUGAUCUCAGUAUGAACAACAUCACUAAGCUGCCCUCGAACCCCCUGCACAAUCUCCGCUUCCUGGAAGAGCUACGUCUUGCAGGAAAUGGUUUGACAUACAUUCCCAGGGGAGCAUUUGCUGGCCUUUUCAGUCUUAAAGUGCUAAUGCUGCAGAACAAUCAGUUAAAGCAGGUUCCUACAGAAGCACUCCAGAACUUGCGCAGUCUUCAGUCUCUACGUCUGGAUGCCAACCACAUCAACUACGUGCCACCCAACUGCUUCAGUGGCUUGGUCUCUCUUAGACACUUGUGGCUGGAUGACAACUCUUUGACAGAAAUUCCUGUGCAAGCUUUUAGGAGUUUAUCAGCACUUCAGGCAAUGACACUGGCGUUGAACAAAAUACAUCACAUACCAGACUAUGCUUUUGGAAACCUCUCCAGUUUGGUAGUUCUACAUCUCCAUAACAAUAGAAUCUACUCCCUGGGAAAGAAAUGCUUUGAUGGGCUCCACAACCUAGAGACUUUAGAUUUAAAUUACAACAGUCUGGAUGAAUUCCCCAUUGCUAUCAGGACACUCACAAACUUAAAAGAACUGGGAUUUCAUAGUAAUAACAUCAAAUCAAUACCUGAGCAUGCAUUUGUGGGCAAUCCAUCACUUAUAACCAUUCAUUUCUAUGACAACCCUAUCCAGCUUGUGGGACAGUCUGCUUUUCAACACUUACCAGAACUCAGAACCCUGACUUUAAAUAGUGCUUCACAAAUAACUGAGUUUCCUGAUCUGACUGGAACCACAAGUCUGGAAAGUUUAACACUUACAGGAGCUCAAGUCACCUCUCUUCCCAAAGUAGCUUGUGAUCAACUACCUAAUCUUCAAGUGCUAGAUCUGUCUUACAAUCUGCUACAAGAUUUACCCUGUUUUACUGCUUGCAAAAAACUUCAGAAAAUUGACUUACAUCAUAAUGAAAUCUAUGAAAUCAAGGCCAACACAUUUCAGCAGCUGGUUGCCCUGCGCUCUUUGGAUUUAGCUUGGAACAAAAUUGCAGUUAUUCACCCCAGCGCAUUCUCCUCUUUACCAUCCCUGAUCAAACUGGAUCUGUCAUCCAACCUUUUGUCUUCUUUUCCUGUGACUGGGCUACAUGGUUUAACUCAUUUAAAAUUAACAGGAAAUCAUGACCUACAAAGUUUGAUAUCAUCUGAAAAUUUUCCAGAACUCAAGGUCAUAGAAAUGCCUUAUGCGUACCAGUGCUGUGCAUUUGGAACUUGUGAAAGCCACUACAAGAUCUCCAGCCAGUGGAACAAAGAGGAGAAUAGCAGUGCUGAUGAUUUUCAUAAGAAAGAUUCUGGAAUGUUACACAUUCAAGAUGAACAUGACUUCGAGGAUUUUCUGCUUGACUUUGAAGAAGAUUUGAAAGCUCAUCAUUCGGUGCAAUGUACACCCUCUCCAGGCCCCUUCAAACCAUGUGACCAUCUGUUUGGUAGCUGGCUAAUCAGAAUUGGAGUGUGGACCAUAGUGGGUUUGGCAUUUAUUUGCAAUGCACUGUUAACUGCAACAGUCUUCAGAUCUCCAUUGUAUAUUUCCUCUAUAAAACUUUUAAUUGGCCUGAUAGCCAUUGUAAACAUGCUAAUGGGUCUGUCCAGUGGUGUAUUGGCCAGCAUGGAUGCAUUUACCUUUGGCAGCUUUGCUCAAUAUGGUGCUUGGUGGGAAAGCGGAGUUGGUUGCCAAGUCACUGGCCUCCUGUCCAUUUUUGCUUCAGAGACUUCCAUUUUCCUCCUUACCCUGGCAGCACUCGAACGGGGGUUCUCUGUAAAGUAUGCUACAAAGUGUAAAACAAAAUCCUCUUUUGCUAGUGUGAAAAUAGCCAUUUUCUUUUGCUUUAUGUUGGCCUUGAUCAUUGCAGUGGUACCACUUCUCAGUGAGAGCAAAUAUGGAGUAUCUCCGCUCUGUUUACCUUUGCCAUUUGGGGAACCCAGCUCUAUGGGCUUCAUGGUAGCUUUGGUCUUAUUAAACUCUCUUUGCUUUCUGGUGAUGACUGUUGCCUAUACAAAACUGUAUUGUAGUUUGGAGAAGGGCGAACUAGACAAUAUUUGGGACUGUUCCAUGAUUAAGCACAUAGCAUUGUUACUUUUUACUAAUUGCAUUCUCUAUUGCCCUGUGGCCUUCUUAUCUUUUUCCUCCUUACUAAACCUCACUUUUAUUAGCCCAGAAGUGAUUAAAUCAAUACUCCUAGUGAUUGUCCCACUGCCUGCAUGUCUAAAUCCACUUCUUUAUAUCCUCUUCAAUCCACAUUUUAAGGAAGAUCUGGGAAGUCUCAGAAAGCAAACUUUGUUAUGGAGCAGAUCAAAACAUACAAGUCUGAUCUCUGUUAAUUCAGACGAUGUAGAGAAACAGUCCUGUGACUCAACACAAGCCCUGGUAACCUUUGCAAGCACCAGCAUAUCAUAUGAUGUGCCUGCCAGCAACUCACUAAUGCCAUCAUCUUAUCAAACGACAGAAAGCUGUAAUCUUUCACCAGUAGCAUUUGUUCCAUGUCGCUAGUUUCAGGGGCAAAAACAAAUGUAUGUAUGUUUACACAUUUUUCAAGCCCAAAUGUAAGAGUGGGUGUGCGUACACAUGCUGGAGAGUGGGGUCAAAGGUGCUCUUGAUUACUGUUACACGCAUCUAAACAAACCAGCUAAUAACAAAGAAAAUAAGCAGCAGGCUGAAAUCCCAACACAUGAACCCUGUCAGCCUGUUCAGGAAAUCUCAAAACCAAUCUUGUUCGGGAUGAAGAGGAAGCCUGAAAGCUGCUAGCAUGUAUACAGUUGGUUCGGUUGUUCUCUUUAAGAGAUGCCAGUCAGAAAAGGCAUCUGACAGUCAAGAGCAAAAAUAGUAUAUUGAAGAGGUGAAUUUUCUUGGAGGCAUCGCCAUUGUUUUAAUUAAUUGAGCUUGUUGAGGUACAGAAUUUAAAAUGUUAGGAACAGGCUGCUCCCCAGAUGGGGUUGGUCAAGUUCCCUCAAAGCUUUUUUAAUGCUAUGAUUGUUUUUUAAAAGUGCCUGUCUAUGGCUUUGAUUCAGCAAGGUAUUUGAGCAUGUGCCUGACUUAAAGCGCAUGAGCAAUCCCAUUGAAGUCCAACAAAGUUUAUGGAAAAUAGAUCUUGUCAAGUCAUUUGAUACCAUUUUUGAUGCGUUUGCAAGUUUGGUUGAUAAAGACAAUAGUGUUGAUGUAAUAUACUUAUUCUUGUAAGGCAUUUGACUUAGUACUACACAACAUAUUGAUUAUGAAACUAGAACCAUAAAAAUAUCAGUGGCCAAAAGAGCUAAUGCAAUCCUUGGAUGUAUAAAUAAGGGAGGAUCAAGUAGGAGUAGAGACAUUA